CAUUAUCAUUACAGAGGCUGUGGAAUGCGACGCAGAACGUUCAUAGCGAGCAUUGUGGAACAGGUACUCAAUGUAUACGCGUAGAGACUGAGCGCAUGACAGUGAGAGCCGAUACCGUGACCGACGGUCUUCACCAACGAAUUGCGGCUUCACUUUGCAUCAGCGAGCAAUUCCGAGCAUACGGGCAUGAUCCCACGCCACGAUUCCAGUAGCUCUCCGGGCAGCUUGAUACUGAACGGAGCCUCAAUGUGAGGGACGUAAGCUGGAGUGAUGGGAGAUGACACGGUAGGAUGGAUGAAUUCGAAGACAUCAUCCCACCUCAGCACGCUGGGGCCGCCGGCGGCGCUGUGGUAUGAGCACUCCUGUCCGGAGGACCAGAAGCCAAAGAAGCUUGCUCCUCACUCCAAGGGUACCAGCCUACGAGGUCAUGGCCCUCCUGUGAUACCCUCGCCAAAGAUCAGCACGACACUUAGCACAUCACAAUCCAGGAUCCUCGCACAGAGUAACUUUAGCGACCUCUUCUUUCCUCAAAGCAGUGCCGGAGGAGCCAUCUUCGACUCCAUAUCUGCAGAUUCGCCGGCCUUCUUAGCCGCUGGUGACGCUCUCUGCGCCCUUCAGAUUGGGGCGGUCCAUCAUGAUACCGUACUGUUACGAGAGUUCUCAAGGUUGUACGGGAAAGCUUUGCAUUGCCUUCGGAUAGCGAUCCAAAAAGUCGGGAAGGAUACGCCCUCCAAUGACUUGUCUGCCACAGUGUACUUUCUAGCCAUCAUUGAACUGUGCAUCAGCGGGUCGUUCGAUGCGCCAGGCUGGAUGCAACAUGCGCAAGUUCUCUUACGCUUCUACAACAAGAAUGAGGCUCGAGGCAGCACCCCUGGUCCGGCCAGCAGAUGCUACCUCAAAUGGCAGUACACAUUUUCGCUUGGCUUCGGCUUACUUCAGAAACAAUGCAUCCACUACGAACCACCAUUGUGGAAUAAUGAGUUACGGCGCCGCAAAUUCCCGCUGCUGGAGCUCUCCAUGCGCGUGCCGGCCUGUCUGAAAAGACUGGAAGCUGUACGCUUAGUGCAUAAUGCUCCGCCGAAUUCAGUCAUAGAUACCGUCUCCGAAGCACUGGAACUGCGAGCCAAUAUGCAGGACACUAUCCUAGACUGGUCGUUUAAUCUUGAUCUCCCGCCCUACCGAGUCGUAGGAUUGGGCGACUAUCCUGCGUUCAAGGGCAUGCUAGAAGACUUGGCGAGCGUGUAUUCAACCGCUUACACGUUCACUAACCUCACGACCGCACAGCUACAUCGGACGCUCUGGACUUGUCAUCUCGUACUCGACCAAGCCGUGGUGGAUGUCCGUGGUCCAUACUGGGCCGCCUUGGCUAGCCUUAAUCAACGAGAACUCGACAAGCUUGAAAGCGAGCUCCCUGUGUUUGCUGGUCAUCUGUGCCGGAGUCUGCCGUACUUCAAUCUACCAGAACUCUGCACCGCCGGCAGCAUCAGCACGCUAGAGCCUCUGUACUUUCUUGAGCGGCACUUUGAGCGGCACGGCAGCAGCAAGCAAUUGGCGUGGACCCGCAAGGUGAGUGAUGAGACUAUUCUUGGAAGGAAGAUCGUCAGAAUACUGGCUGCGUCAGAGGGUAAAGGGUGAGGAGCAUAGUGCAUGGAUUGCUCAAGACCAGAUACCUCUGGGACAUCGACAUGUUCUACUUUGGCGCUUAUACCAUCAUACCUGCGUUGAACGACAAGCGUACCGCGGCGAAGAGUUCGACCAACUCCUAAAUACACGCAUUCGGUCGCGAUCAUGAGCAUGAGAGUCUUCCGGGUCAA